AUGUGGACGGACAGUAAAGCCGAGGCGGGGGACAGCGGGGACAAAAGGACUGGUUUUGUCCACAGACUGCUCAUGUGGACGGGGGACAUGCUGUGGCUGGACACACUGGUGCAGGACUGGUGGUGGGGGCUGCAGCUGCUGGUCUGGGGGCUCCGUGGGGUGGCCAGGGUCAUUCUGGCCAACAACCCCCUGAGCGGGCUCUUGAUCGUGGCCGCGCUCCUCUGGGCCUCCCCCUGGCAGGCACUGCUGGGGAGUGUGGGGGUGCUGUGCUCCACACUCACUGCCAUCAUCACCGGACAGGACAGGUCAGAGGUGUGUGGGGGGCUCCAUGGUUUUAACGGCAUGCUGGUGUCUCUGCUCAUGGGGGUGUUCAGCUCUGCAGGGGACUGGUACUGGCUCCUGCUCCUGCCUGUGUGCUUGGGCUCAGCUACAUGCGUGCUCCUGUUCUCCAGCCUGUCCUCGCUCCUCGACCGCUGGGACCUCCCCGUGGCGGUGUUCCCCUUUAACAUGACCAUCGUGCUGUUCCUCCUCUGCACAGACCCUCAGCACCCGUACUUCCCCCGGUACUUGUCUGCCCCACCAGGGGGAGGGGCCAUGAACGCCACACAGCUCAGCGCACUACAGGUCGUACGGGGCAUUCCUCUUGGGGUGGGGCAGAUCUACGCCUGCUCUGCCCUGGGCCCCUCCCUCCUCAUCCUGGGGGCCGUGCUGCUCUACUCCCCCCUGCUGGCCGUCCACGCUCUGCUCGGCUCUGCUAUAGGGACUCUGACCGGUCUGUCCAUGGGCGUGUCUCAGACCUGCCUGUACUCUGGGCUCUCCGGGUUUAACGGAGCUCUGGGUUGUAUGGCUGUAGGAGGACUCUUCUUCACCUUCAGCUGGAGGACGCACCUGUUCGCCAUCGCCAGCGGCUUCUUCUCCGCGUACAUGGACAUCGCCCUGAGCAACCUCCUGGGGACGAUAGGACUCCCAGCAUGCAGUUGGGCAGCAACUAUAGUGGCCACCCUGAUGAUGCUGAUGACAGGGACUUUAAAAACAUACCGCAUCCCCAUUGGCCAGGUCCGGUCGCCUGAGCACAACCUGCGCUCUCGCAACCAAUGGGAGGCCGGCAGCCCCAAGGACAGAGACAGAGAGAGCACUGAUGUGUAG